CUCGUUGCUCGUGGUGGAGGCCUCAAUCCACCGCCAGAAGUGGUGCAAACCUGGCCGGCGCCGAACCAUGUCAACCCGGAGGAAAGAGGAUGGGAGGCGACCGUCAUGCUGUUCAUCUUCUUCAGCAUCACGAUUCUCGUCUACGUUGCGCGCAUGUGGGCGCGGUUCACCAUAUCAAAGAAUCUGGGCCUCGACGAUUUUCUCAUCAGUGUCGCCAUGCUGCCGCUAAUCGGGCUGACAAUCUCCACAGUGCUGGGCAUCCGGGUCUAUGGCUAUCAAUGGCAUGUCUGGGACCAAACGGCAAGGUCGCUCGUCGCUACACGAAAGAUUGCCCUGUCCAUUGAGUUGAACUAUGUGGCCUCGACGGUAUUCACCAAAGUAUCCCUCCUAUGCUUCUACCGCCGCAUCUCUGAACGUCUCACCAACCAAUUUGUACACUGGGUAUUCGGCAUGAUCGUUUUCUGCAGUAUCUACGGCAUCAUCAUCUUCUUCAUCAUUCUCUGGACAUGUACCCCAAUCGAAGGCUUCUGGCGCUACUUCGACAUCGCAUGGCGCUUGCAACACAAGCUCGAAUGUCGCGACGAGGGCGCCCUCAUCGUGGCCUGUGCAGCCAUCAGCUCUGUCCAGGACCUCAUCAUCUGCCUGCUCCCCGUCCUCUUGAUUUGGAACCUCCAAAUCAGCAAGCGACAAAAGUUCGGCCUCUGCGGCAUUUUCGGCCUGGGUUUAAUCACCUUUAUCUGCGGGCUGAUGCGGACCUUUUAUGCGACAAAGCUGUAUUACUUUUCAUACGACACUAGCUGGAUCGCCUACGACGGCUGGGUCUGGACAACGCUCGAAGCCCAUCUUGCCGUCAUCUGCGCGUCCGCGCCCUCGCUCAAGGUCUUCUUCAGCCGCUACUUCUCCCAGCGGACGUCGCCCACCGCGUACUCGAUCAGCGACAGCCGCGGCAAGACCCCGGACAUCAAGUCGACCUCACAGGCCAGCCCCAAAACCGUGCAGGCCUCUGUGCAGCGCUUGCACAUACGCCGCGGCGGUCGCGGCGAUCCCCCGGAAGACGACAUUGCCAUGGACGGGAUCCACGUCGAUUACAAGCUCCAUGUGCGGUAUGAGAGCGAUGCUGCAAGUCAGAAGAGCGAUACGAGUACGAGGGGGCUGACG